UCCCGUUUGUUUUUUCCCUUGAGUUUCACCGCAGCACUGGUUGUUUUUUCCCUGUGUGGUGUUUUCUGUGUGCGUUCAUGCUUAUCAACCACACACACAUACACAUACACACACACAUACACAUUCAUCCAAAUCCAGCCACGUGCCCAUAACCUUGCCUUGCCAAUCUGAACCUGUAACUACAAAUCUGCAAUAAAGAUCAUUGGUGUACCAGCCCUCUCCCUGCCCACUCUUUGACCGGAGCCCCUCUCGCAAAUUCCUAUCAGAUCAACAUGGUUCUUCGAGCCGGAUGGGAUAGAGAUUUGCAGAGAACAUGGAGUCACAACAACUGCCUACAGACCCACCAGUGCAUCCUAGACCCCAGCGGGAGAGACGGCUACUCUCACACCUGGAUGACUUUGCAGUUGGAUAUCAUCCCACAGUUACAGAUCCAUCUACCCAGGCUUCACCAGUACCUACAGCUGAGGAUGGAGCAGCAGCCCCAGAGCUCACUGUGCUUAGACCACCUUCGCCACAACUGCCUGUGAGAAUACAGUCACGCCGAUGCUCAGUAGCUUCUCACCACAGUACAGCCAGAUCCCAAGCCAGUGCUCGUUCACUAUCCCAGAGAUCUCUUACCGAGACGCUGUCACAGCUGCAGAACACCAUGUUGGAGGAGAGGAUGAAGCGCAGGGAGUUAGCAGAAGCACAGAGGCAAGUCAUGGAGCAGACACUGGUGGAUGAGCAGUGCCUUAUACUAGACCAGCAAGCACGAGAGGCCUUGCAUGAGAAAGAAGAGCUUCUCAGAGAGCAAGAGCGGCAGAGACAUCGACUAGAGAAAGCGGAGAUUGCGUAUAAGACCAAAGAGGCUAUCACCACACAGCAAAUACUGCAACGCAGACUGAAGGAGAAAGAGAUGGAAGUAGAGAAAGCUGCUCUUAUCACUUCCUUCCUGAAAGAAGAGGAGACAAAGAGUCCACGCCACUCCAGGCCCCUCAGUGUAAGUGAGUACAACUUGAGGCUCCCAUCCACAGCUCAGCCAUUACCACCACGCUCACAGGGACCCCCUGAUAUGCUCCACUCUACUCCCGUCACCCAAGCUCCUCCAGUCAAUAUAUAUACAGUCAAGCCUCCUGUCUCUACUAGUCCCUCACCAAUCCUAGCUGCUGCUUCAUAAGACCAAGUCUCUGCCAUCACCAUCCCUCCCGUUGUUCCAGUUGCCAACCCUGGUCCACUACCACGUCAUAGCCACACGGUGGGUGCCCUCAUACAUCAUGCUGCACCACCAUCCCAAGUGCCGUAUACUGUUCCAUUCAACCAAGCACAGAUGAGCUGCAGCCACGACCAAGUUAAGCAUGUGCCUCCUCCUCCAUCCCAGCCAAUGCCACAGGCUGUGAACCCCAUCCGAGCUGGAGACCCAGAAGCCUUUGACAACUUUGCCCUGUCAGUACAGGCUUUAGUGGGCAUGCUUCGGUCUCUAGAGGGAGAAAAUGGUUAUGAGCUGAGAUGUGGAUCUCAUGUCGACAGGCUGCUCAGCAAGCUACCUGCUAACUACAGAGAUGGUUUCAUGGAGUACAGCAUUAGCCACAGCAUCCUCGCAACAGGCACUGAUAAAACUUACACUCUGCCUGAUUUUUCCACCUGGCUUCAGUUGAAGUCACAUGCUAAGCGAAUCUCCUCCCGAGCGGCUCUCAUGUUCCAGGAUCCGCCAAAGCCGGUGAAGAGCCAGAAGAAAGCUCAGAGUCAUCCCUUCAACGUGUAUUACGGCACAGAGGUUCAAGUCGGGGUGACUCCUCCAGCUCCACCCCACAGUAAUUCUCCCAAAGCCAGACCUACUGUCAAGCCUUACUGCCCAUACUGUGACAUCAGAGAGCAUUACCUCAGCCUGUGCCCCAAGUUCAAGUCACUCUCCACUGCAGAAGUUGCUGCUUGGAUUAAAGAUCGAGGCUGUUGGAGAUGUGGCAGGAACCACACACCUGAGACAUGCACUCUGAAGAAGCUAUGUAACACCUGCAAGCAGUUACACCUCACCAUUCUCCAUGAUGUGAGUCAACCUGAACCCAAGAAGGUGCUCAUGGUAGGAACAGCUCCAGAUAUCGUCUAUGUUGACCGCCCUAGUCGUCCACAAAGAGUCAUGGUCAAGCUGGUGAAGGUACGCCUCUACAACGCAGAGCAUUCCCUUGAAGGUUUUGCCAUCCUUGACAAUGGAUCUGAGAGAACCCUCAUCCUUCCCUCUGCAGUCAGACACCUCUACUUAACCACAGAGCCAGAGAGCCUUCCUCUAUGCACCGUUCGCCAGGAGGUGAUCCACCUUCAGGGAGCUGCUGUCUCCUUUGACAUCUCCCCAGCUCAUUCUCCCAAGUCAAGGUACACCAUCCAUCAUGCCUUCACUGCUGAUGAGCUGAGCCUGUCUGAACACACUUACCCUGUCAAGUCACUCCAACGCAAGUAUUCCCACCUGCAGAAACUUCCACUGCCAUUAGUUGACAAGGUUCAACCCAUACUCCUCAUUGGUUCUGAUCUCCCACAUCUUCUCGUUCCCAAGCAACCAGUUCGAGCAGGUCCUCCUGGGGGUCUCUUAGCCGUGUACACUGCUCUAGGGUGGGUGCCCCAGGGCCCAGCCAACCUGAGCCCUCAGCCUGCUGACAUCACACACUGCUACUUCACUAUGUCUCCCACCUCUGAACUGCAGCGACAUGUUGAACGUCUGUGGCAAGUAGACAUUCUGCCCUUUGCCAACACCAAUACUGCCACCCGCUCUAAAGAAGACCAGCAGGCCCUAGAACUGUUAGAGCAAAGAACUGUUAAAGUGGAAGUAGAUUGAGUG